AUGCCGGACCUCUCCCAAAACAUCUCGGUGCGCAUCCUCAAGGCCGCCGAAGCCGGCGGGUACGGCGUGCCCGGCGUGGUCUGCUACAACUUCGAGGCCAUCAUUGCCUGCCGCAAGGCCGCCGAGGCCAAGAACUCGCCCUGCCAGAUCCUCCUGUUUCCCUGGGCGCAAGAGUAUGCGUAUGACAACAUGGUGAAUCUGGCAGCGGACGUGUGUCGGAGCGCCAAAGUGCCCAUGUCGCUGCACCUGGACCACGCGCAGAGCGAGGAGGCCAUCAAGCGGGCCGCGCACACGGGCAAGUUCGACAGCAUCAUGGUGGACAUGUCGCACUACGAGAAGGAGGAGAACCUCGCCCGCACCACCGAGCUGGUCAAAUACUGCCACGACCUGGGCAUCGCCACCGAGGCCGAGCCGGGGCGGAUCAAUGGUGGCGAAGCAGGCGUGCAGGAUACGGGCGACCUCGAGGGCAUCCUCACCACGCCGGAAGAGGCACUGCAGUUCAUCAACACGGGGAUCGACUUCCUGGCCCCGGCCAUCGGCAACGUGCACGGGCCGUACAACGGCGUCGAGAACAUCAAGCUGGAUUUCCCGCGGCUGGCGUCCAUCCGUGAGGCCUCGCGCGGCAAGGUCACGCUGGUGAUGCACGGCACCAACGAGUUCACCGCCGAUAUCUUCAAACAGUGCGUCGCCGCCGGCAUGACCCGUCUAAAUGUGAAUCAGAUUGUGCUGUGGAAGUACGAGGAGUACGCCCGCCAGAAGGCCGGCAGUACCCCGCUGACCGAGUUCAUGGAGGAGGGCACCAACCUGAUCCAGGAGCGCAUCGAGUGGAUGAUGGACGCAGUGGGCAGUACCGGCAAAGCAGGGGAUGUCAAGAUCUGA